GCCACCUGGGAAGCUGGCCGGCAACCCAGAAAUAGCCGACCUCCAGCCUCCAGAACACCAAGCCCAGGGAGCCGGGAGGGGGAACACUCUCGACGUGAUGCUUGGAAACUCAAGGCUGAACCCACAUCUAACAAGAAAAGUGCAGCCACGUCCGAAGCUGCAGAACUUCUGAGUAUACUGAGAGAGUUCCUUCAAAAGAAACCUCACAAGGAAGACAAGAAGGAUAAACCAGACACCGCAUGACUAAACCUUAUGCCUGGAACCAACACCACUCCCCACGUCUCCGCAACUGAUCCAAGCACACAGAACACUGUUUUUCAACCACUAACUAUUGAACUAGCUGUUGCAUCAUCAAACAAUAGCAACACCCACUCAGUCCAGCUUACGCCUGCAACUCCUGACCAAGAAAGCAUCAUCCCACACACUGACGUACCAGAAAGUGCUGUUUUGGUCAUCUGUACCCACAAGGCAACACACAAAACAUACCCUACCUGCUUAUCGAUCAACACACAAGCCCCAACACCAAAACUCCUGGGGAACCUGAUCGAGAAGGGAGUGGCUCGGAAACUCUACCUAACCAUCACUUUAGAAAAGGAAAUGAGACUCGAAGCCCUUGUGGACACAGGCUCAGACCUCACGUUGAUUUCGGCUCAACUAUUUGAUAAGCUCAAAUUUGAAGCUCAGAGACAGAAUCGAACUCUUAAUUUUCACACUUGCGAGCUGAAUGUGCAGUCAUACAGCCAAAAUGACAUCCAGCUCAGAAAUGUAGCUCCCAUCCACCUGACGAUCGGUCCUAUGAGUCUAGUACAUCCUAUUUAUGUCUCACCAAUGAACAAUUAUUCAUUUCUCAUCGGGAAAGACCUGCUAGAUCGCUUUGAGCCUUUACUAGACUUCAAACAGCUCAAAGUCUGGGCUCAAGUGCGAGAACCUCUUCCCCUCCAGCCACACAGGUCGCCGGUGCCAGACUGUCAGGUCACAGAGGUCACGGGAACUCCCACAGUGCCAGACUGUCAGGUCACAAAGGUCACGGGAACCCCAGCAGCCAGCCAUGGGUACCCAGCCUCAACAACGAACCAAGGCUCAAGUUCAAUCCUCUGCACCUUCAAGGCCACCAAAGACUCUGAUACCUACUGCCCCAAGGUCAAGACCGAACUGCAGCUGCAUGAUAUAACCACAGCGGACAGUAUUCUGGCCAUAUGGGCAGACAACUCAGCCAUUAGUCUCUCACUAUACAAUGCAAUCAUUGAGAAGACACCUGACCUCCCUUAUACCAGCAAGCGCACACGUUUCCCUUUGAACUCACACCCAUCCUCUAUGGUGUCUGCCAGAGGAAUCUGCGCUUUGCACGUGAAAUGAAAUUACCGAUGCCUGACUCAUUAUUUCCUGGUCCUUCCGGACCUGCCCCACGAUGUUUACA